AUGAUCAUACCAGACCCAAUCUCGACGCUCAGGUUCCAUCUCCCUGCAAUGCCUACACCCAUUUCAAGAACCGUCGCCGUCAUCGGUGCCGGCGCCGCUGGCCUUUCCGCCGCACUUGAGCUACGGCGGGAAGGCCACAGCGUCGUAGUUUACGAGCGCGGAAACGAUUUGGGUGGCACUUGGGUGUACACUCCAGAGACAGAGUCCGACCCGGCGGGCCUAGACCCGAAAAGGAAUAUUGUCCACACCAGCCUUUACGCCUCCCUCCGCACCAACCUUCCCCGUGAAGCCAUGGGAUUCAGGGAGUACCCGUUUGUAUCAACAGAUAAACCCGGAAGGGAUUCGAGGAGGUUCCCGGGUCAUAAGGAAGUUCUGGAGUACUUGAAGGAUUAUGCUGCCGAGUUUCAACUCAGUGAGCUGGUGAGGUUCGGGAGUGAUGUCCGGUACGUGGGAAUGGUGGAGGGUAGCAAAUGGAUGGUGAAAUCCACGAACAAAAAUAAUGGUGAUAAUCAUGAUGAAAUUUAUGAUGUUGUAGUGGUUUGUAAUGGGCAUUACUCGGAGCCACGACUCGCAGAAAUACCCGGCAUUGAUAAAUGGUCAGGAAAGCAAAUUCACAGUCAUAACUAUCGCAUUCCAGAGCCUUUACAAGAUCAGAUUGUGGUGCUGAUUGGCAGUUCUGCAAGUGCUACUGAUAUUUCCAGAGACAUUUCUAAAGUUGCCAAAGAAGUCCACAUUGCUUCUAGAUCAGACCAAAUUGGACUCCUUGGGAAGUUGCCGGGCCAUGAUAAUAUUUGGCUUCAUUCCAUGAUCAACAGUGUUCACAAAGAUGGUAUUGUGGCUUUUCAAGAUGGAAACGAAGUCCCUGCUGAUGUUAUCCUACAUUGCACGGGGUACAAGUAUCAUUUUCCUUUUCUUGAAACCAAUGGCAUUGUGACUGUGGAUGACAAUCGAGUUGGUCCACUUUAUAAGCACAUUUUCCCACCAGCCUUAGCCCCAUGGCUUUCAUUUGUUGGCUUGCCAUGGAAGGUUGCACCUUUCCCCUUAUUUGAAUAUCAGACCAAGUGGAUCGCUGGAGUUUUAUCUGGUCGAAUUUUACUUCCAUCAACAGAGGAAAUGAUGGCGGAUACCGAAGCUUUUUACUCAUCGUUGGAAGCAUCUGGCAUUCCUAAGCGAUAUACUCAUAACCUAAGUGAUUAUCAGUUUGAAUAUAAUGAUUGGUUGGCUAACAAGAUUGGUUGUAUGCCCUCGGAAGAAUGGAGAAAGCAAAUGUAUGAUGCAACCAGCGAUAGGAGGAGAACCGCACCUGAGACCUACCGUGACCAGUGGCAAGACGAACAUUUGAUCGCAUUGGCUCAUGAAGACUUCAAAAAGUACAUUCCGGCUGCUACGCAGUGA